UUAUUAGAAAGAUGUUCUUCGCCGCAUUUGCAUAAAACGAUUAUACUACUCUCGCUGAUAGAAUUUUAUUAUCAUUCCGUCGAACAACAAAAAAACUGGAUUGAGAUACGCGUUUCAUCACAAGCAAGCAGAGUGGAAGAAGCUUCAAAUGCCAAAGUGUGUUAAAACAUUAACAUAUCCUUUCUCCUUCCAGGCAGCAGCACUGCUCGUCCUGAUCGCCAUCGCCACAGCCGUAUCGGCCGCAGGACAACAACAGGCUAAUGCUUUCAACGGUUACAACUACCCUAAACCAACCACGCCCGCCCCAUUCACCGGCUACAACUAUCCGAAACCAUCGAAACCCUUCAACGAAGGCUACACCUACAACACGCCCAAGUGUCCACUGGUCCUCCCGAGCACCACCACCGUCACCGACUACAGUACGCUCGUGUCCACUUCCUACCAGACGCAAACGCAAACCCUUCCCCCCAUCACGAGCACCCGGCUGGAGACGUCCUACGUGACGCUGCCUCCCGUCGUCCAAACGCUCACCGAAACCGCCACCCAAUUCAUUACCUACACCUCGACCGACUUCAUCGUGUCGACGACGACGGAAAUUCAACCCACUACCGUCACCUCCCUGCUUACCACAACGUACUGCCAACCGAACACUUACCUUCCGCCACCGACGCCCCCGCCCAACACGUACCUGCCGGUUGAGCCACCGUCCAAGGAGUAUCUGCCCCAGCGUCCUCCACCAGCCACGGGCGGUGCCGCGGGCUUUGCCACCGUCGUGCGCCAGUCCGAGUCCUCCACCGGCGGCAACGAUCAGGGAUCGUCGUUCAUUUCCACCUUCGUCCAGCAGCAGUCCGGACCGAUCAAGCGAGCGACUGAUUUUGGUGUUGGUGAGCAGGGUGGGCGCAUCCGAAGCUCCACUUCCGGCGAGCAGCAGCGCGUCGAAACGAACGAAGUGCUUCCGGGCGAUGAGGUGCCGCAGCCAACCAUCAACAUCAUCUACGUCGAUCGGCACGGCGUGUCGGAGGGUACGCCGCCGCCCAGCCUGAUGAACUGGUUGCUGUGCAAGUUUAACCUGUCCAGCGGUUCCUGCACCAACAACUGAAGUAACAGGGGAAUUGAUGCAAUGAGAAGGUGUCUGAGUGAUGUUGUGAUAUCUGAAAAGCAAGAAAGGGGGAGAGAAGAACUAUUAGUGGCCGUGUCUGAACAAAGUUACCCGUAAAUAUGCGCUAUACGCUAUUUAUAUCAAUCUGUGGAUUGUUUCUAUUUCUCUUACUCCACGCGGAAAAGGCAAGCGGUACUCACGCGAGGCUUAAAAUAAGCUCACACACAACCACACCUUUUGUUUGUUUCACAUAAAUGCAGAUUAGCCGUGAAAGAAAUUGGACCUCUUCUUCG